GAAAGCUUGGGACAGACGUAGAAGUUUAUGUGGGUUGAAAUUCCUAUAGAACGCUCUGUCGCCGCGUCCGCUUCUUCUUAUCUAGAUGCAAGAGCCGCCCGCUGAAUUACUAUCAACCUCUGUUAGAUCAAUGCAUAGCUUUUAAAACAUUUAUAAUGGCGAUGGGAAAAUUAAUGAUAUUCCUACUUCAGUUGUCGUGGACUGUUCAUCUUGUAACAUCCAUUCAGAGGAAAGAUAUAUUUCCUUAUGGGACACUGAGCGGCGAUUUGACUCUACAGGAGGGGGACGACGAGACGUCCAAAGUACUCGCGUUGAAGAGACCCCUCUAUUUCUAUGAGUCGCAGUUCAAUGAGCUCUACGUGGCAACCAAUGGCAUCAUCUCAGCCCAGGACCUGCCUAUGGAGAAGCAGUACGUGGACGAUGGCUUCCCCACCGACUUCCCCGUCAUCGCCCCCUUCCUGGCAGACAUCGACACCAGCAAGGGGACUGGUGCCAUCUACUACCGAGUCACCGAGUCGCCCACCCUUCUCAACCGGGUGGCACAGGAGGUGCACCGGGGCUUCCCCGGUGGCCACUUCACACCCACGCAUGCCGUCAUCGCCACCUGGGAGAACGUUGCCGCCUAUGAGGAGGUGACGCGUGCCACCGGGCCAUCCGAUAGAUUGAACACAUUCCAGGCGGUGGUGGCCUACGAUGAGAAUGACUCCUAUGCCCUUUUCCUCUACCCCGAGGACGGACUGCAUUUCUUUGGGACGCGCCCUAAAGAGUCUUACAAUGUGGAGAUUGAGCUGCCGGCUAGAGUUGGCUUUAGCAGGGGAGAAGUGUCCUUCAUAUUUUCUCGGAUGGAGGGACCCUACUACAGCGUCACCAGCAAUGAGCAGAGUCUAAAGAACCUCUACCAGGUUGGCAAUACUGGCGUACCUGGUGUAUGGCUCUUCCACAUCGGCAACCGCUACUCCUUCGAGAAUGUUGUGCCCGCCGCUGUGGGUGGUGCUCUCGCCACGCCACCUCCUAGAGGCCAGGAGGGCGAUGACAGCACCACUGCAGGGUACUCAGAGGUAGAGUACCCCGAAACCUUCGAAGAAGAACCCAACGAGGACUACCCACCCAUCGCCGACCCUGACUUCCUGUCCCCCACUAUCCCAGAGUUCCUCCAGCCCUCACACUUGGACCAUGGCGCCCUCCCGGGUCAAGCCCGCCUGCAGCUCUAUGGAGGUGACCUUCCUUUAACCUCUGACCCCCAGUAUCGUGAACAUGACAACCAUGGCAAGCCACCUCCAGCAUCCGGUCCGUCGGGUCCAGGGGAGUACCCGGCCAACUACCCAGCCCGGGAGCCUGAGCCCAGGAACCAGCCCCACCAGCCCCCUCUGGAGGACGUGAAACAACAGCAGCAGCUCCAGCCCCAGUCACAAGCACCCCAGGUGGUCCCUCGACCGGAGCACACGGUCCUGGAGGUGUUCCCCAACAACAGGGAAGAGAGCAGCCCUCAUAUGGAGAGCGAUCCCCCACUUGCCCCCCAUGGCGGACAUUUUGUUAGCGUGGUGGAGGAGGAGGACGUGGACUUUGACACAGGAGUGAUCCAGUACAGCACAGAGACCAAGGAGACGUGUGCUCGCUUCCAACAGCAGUGUUCUCAGAACGCUGACUGCACCGACUACUCUUCCGGCUUCUGCUGCCACUGUCGCUCCGGUUUCUACGGCAAUGGUCGUCACUGUCUCCCUGACGGUGCUCCCCAUCGCGUCAAUGGCAAGGUGAGCGGGACAGUGAUAGUAGGUUCCACCCCUGUGGACCUUAACAGCGUGGACCUGCAUGCCUACAUCGUAGUGAGUGACGGGCGGGCAUACACCGCCAUCAGCGAGGUGCCCGAACCCGUGGGAUGGGCACUAAUGCCUGUGGCGCCCAUCGGAGAGCUCUUUGGCUGGCUUUUUGCCCUGGAGCUGCCCAACAGCCAGGCUGGCUUCAAGAUCACAGGUGCUGAGUUCACACGCCACGCCGAGGUUACCUUUUACCCCGGCAACCAGCGGCUGAGCAUCGUCCAGACGGCCCAAGGAUUGGACAGCGAGAACCACCUCAGUGUUGACACCCGUCUCCACGGCGACGUGCCCUUCAUUGCCCCCGGCGCCACCGUGCAGAUGGAGCCCUACAAGGAGACCUAUCAGUACUACCCUUCAGUGGUGAGGUCCACGUCGGUGCGGGAGUUCACAGUGGUGUCGGCGGAGCGUGGCUCGGAAACAUUCACCUUUCAACUGCAUCAGAACAUCACGUACCACGACUGCCGCUACGGGCUCAGAGCGGGGCCUGAGACGCUGCAGCUGACCACGGAGCGUGUCUUUGUCAUGUACGUCAAGGACGAGAACAUCUUGAGAUACGCCAUCACCAACAAGAUAAGCCCAGUCGGAGAAACUGUCCAGGUGAAUCCGUGCUACUCAGGAACCCAUGACUGUGACACCACCGCCCAAUGUCUGCCCGGAGAGGGCCAGCAGUACCAGUGCCAGUGUGCAACUGGGUACAGGGGCGACGGGCGCAACUGUUAUGAUGUGGAUGAGUGCGUUGAGGGUCUCAGCCUGUGCGGUGCCCACGCCCAGUGUGUCAACCUGCCAGGGAGCCAUCGCUGCCAAUGCCAGAGCGGCUACAAGUUUGGCUUUGAUGGGCGUACCUGUAUAGAUGUGGAUGAGUGCGUUGAGGGCAUUGGCCUGUGCGGUGCCAACGCCCAUUGUGUCAACAUGCCAGGGAGCCAUCGCUGCCAAUGCCAGAGUGGCUACGAGUUUGGCAUUGACGGACGUUCCUGUAUAGACUUGGAUGAGUGCCGCUCUCAGCCCUGCCAUCCCCAGGCCACCUGCUCCAACACUCUGGGCUCCUUCCAGUGCCAGUGUCAAUAUGAUUUCCAAGGAGACGGCUUCCAGUGUGUCCCUAGCAAUGGGCAUCCGGAGCGCCCUAAGACACAGUGUGAGCAGCACAGAGACAGCCUGCAGGGUGGGCUGUCUCCCCGAGGGCCUCGGCCUGUUUCUGGAGGCCUUGCUCCGGGGGCCUUUGUUCCCCAGUGUGAUGAGCAGGGUCAGUACAGAGCCCUGCAGUGCCACGGCUCCACAGGACACUGCUGGUGUGUGGACAGUAGGGGGCAGGAGAGAGCAGGGACCAGGACUUUGCCCAGAACUCCCCCCACCAACUGCGACAGACCAGAUCACACUGAGAGGCCUAAGACUCAAUGUGAACACCACAGAGACAGUGUCCAGACAACCAGUCCUGAGGGGUACUCCAUCGUGGAGGGUUUUUUACCCCAGUGUGAUGAGCAGGGUCAGUACAGAGCACUGCAGUGUCACGGUUCUACAGGACACUGCUGGUGUGUGGACAACAGGGGGCAGGAGAGGACAGGGACCAGGAAACCACCCGGUACUGGCCAGCCUAACUGUGAUGAACCAGAUCUUCCUGAGAGGGCCAAGACUCACUGUGAGCAGCAUAAAGACAGUGUCCAGACGAUCAGUCCUGAGGGGUACCCUAUCCCGGGGGUCUUUGUGCCUGAGUGCGAUGAGCAGGGUCAAUACAGAGCCCUGCAGUGCCACGGUUCUACAGGACAUUGCUGGUGUGUGGACAGCAGGGGGCAGGAGAGGGCAGGGACCAGGAAAGGACCUGGCACUCGCCAGCCUAACUGUGAUGAACCAGAUCGUCCUGAGAGGCCCAAGACUCACUGUGAGCAGCAUCAAGACAGUGUCCAGACGACCAGUCCUGAGGGGUACCCUAUCCCGGGGGUCUUUGUGCCUGAGUGCGAUGAGCAGGGUCAAUACAGAGCCCUGCAGUGCCACGGUUCUACAGGACACUGCUGGUGUGUGGACAGCAGGGGGCAGGAGAGGGCAGGGACCAGGAAAGGACCCGGCACUGACCAGCCUAACUGUGAUGAACCAGAUCACCCUGAGAGGCCCAAGACUCAUUGUGAACACCAGAGAGACAGUCUGCAGACAACCAGUGCUGAGGGGAAUGUUGACAGGGCCUUUGUACCUCAGUGUGAUGAGCAGGGUCAAUACAGAGCCCUGCAGUGCCACGGUGCUACAGGACACUGCUGGUGUGUGGACAGCAGGGGGCAGGAGAGGGCAGGGACCAGGAAACCACCCGGUACUUCGCAACCUAACUGUGAUGAACCAGUGGUUGUGCCCCCCACCCAGCGGCCAGAGACGGUGUGCGAGCGUUGGCGGGCCAGCCUGGUGGACCACUACGGGGGCUUGCCCGGGCCCCACCACUACCUGCCCCAGUGCGACCCCCAGGGGCAGUUCAACCCCAUCCAGUGCUACGGCGACAGCAGCUACUGUUGGUGUGUGGACCGGGACGGCCGCGAGGUGGCUGGGACGCGCUCGCACGACGUGGUCAAGCCUGCCUGUGUCCCCACUGUAGCCCCUCCCACCAUGCACCCUCUGCCUCGCCCUGAUGUGACCCCGCCCCCCUCAGGCACCUCCCUCCUGUAUGCCCAGGGACAGCAGAUUGGGGCACUGCCUCUCAAUGGCACACUCAUGGACUCGGAGCGCUCCUCUACACUAUUGGCUCUGCAUGGCUCCAUUGUGGUGGGCAUCGACUAUGACUGCAGGGAGAAGAAGGUGUACUGGACCGACCUGGCAGGCAGGACCAUCAACAGAGCCAGACUGGAGCCUGGGGCCGAGCCUGAGACUCUCAUCAACACAGGUCUAACCAGUCCAGAGGGCUUGGCGGUGGACGUGGUGCGCAGAGCCAUGUUCUGGGUGGAUAGCACGCCGGACAAGAUCGAGCGUGCUAACCUGGACGGCAGCGGGAGACAGACUCUCUUCGACACUGACAUGGUCAACCCCCGUGCUAUCAUAGUGGACUCAUCCACUGGGACCCUGUACUGGACCGACUGGAACAGGGAGGCCCCGAAAAUCGAGAGAUCCUCAGUGGAUGGCCACAGCAGGAAGGUGCUGGUGAAGGACGGGAUUGGCCUGCCCAACGCCUUGACCUUUGACACAGCCACGAGACAAGUGUGCUGGGCGGAUGCAGGGACCAAGCGUCUGGAGUGCAUUGCGUCCGAUGGGACGGGUAGAAGGGUGAUCCACAGCAACCUGAACUACCCUUUCAGUAUGGUGUUCUAUGCCAACCACUUCUAUUUCACAGACUGGAGGAGGGACGGAGUCAUUGCUCUGAGUCGGGACAGCAGCCAGUUCACAGACGAGUACCUACCUGACCAGAGGUCUCACCUGUACGGCGUCACCAUAGCUACCACCCACUGUCUAUAAGGGAGACAAUGAUAGAGACAAUCGUGUUUAUGGUGCUAUUUGGCAGGCUUGCCCGUGAGAACCCUUCCGUCGUACACUGCUAAAGAGACGGCGAAAGAAGACUCACGAUGGAGCAAGUAUUCCACCAACCACAGCAAAUUUACAAAACACCAACUGCGACAACCCCCCCCUCCCCGCAAAAAAAGUUUUGUACAUUUGUUUUAUACCUCAUUUCUUACUUUCUACUGUAUUUUUGUAUGUGACUUUUUAAAGAAAGCCAAAGAAAAUAGCUUUAAAAUAAGAUCUUUGAGCCACAAGUCCUGUUAUAACUGUCAAUGUGUAUUGAAUGAACACACAGCAAUGCAGUAUGAGUAUUCUGUGAACUAAUAAGAAUUGUCUUCUCAAAUAUCUGUUUUACCAUAUUUUUUUUAAUCCUUUUUUAUAAGAUGUGAUAUUUAUAACAAUAAAAUGUGAUUCAGGACUUAAACAGAAAUGGGUCAUUUCAGCAAAGAA